GUCCUGCGCCAUUGGCAAGUCUGUCAAUUGACAAUUCGACUUGAAAUAGUACUGACUAAGCUUAUAAAAAUAUACAUGAAUUUUUUACAAUGUCCAAAGCUAAAGCAAUACUGUUAAGGGUACAAUCUCCCGAGGGCACAAAACGGAUAGAAGUCAGCUCUUCAGACUCGACUUGCAGGUUGUUCGAACGAGUUCAUGACACUUUCGACUUGAGCAGUUUCGCUUUCGCCCUGUACAAGGAGCGCAACCAGAAAAAUGAGAUUGCGAGCAGCAAGUCUCGCACCGUUGCAAGCGCAGGGCUGCGACACGGGGACAUGAUUUAUCUGCAGCCCCUCAACGGCGCGGUUUUAUUCCCCACGACUUCAAGUAAUAAUACGCCCUCAGGUGAGCCUGUUCUUGCGUCGACGUCUACUAGUUCAGGAAUAAGCAACUCAAGACCAAGUAGCAGUUUAAGUGUAAACAGUAAAUUGAGUACUGUUAAGGAGGAUCCUGUCGAUUUGCAGUUAUCAAAGCUCGAUGGGAAGGUCCAGAGGAAGCAAGACCCGAAAUUGUGUCGCCACAACACUAACUCUCGCUGUGUCCACUGCUCGGCUCUGGAGCCGUUCGACGAAGCUUACUUGCGCGAGCACAAUGUGAAGCACCUCUCUUUCCAUUCGUACUUGAGGAAGAUGACGUCAGGCGUAGACAAGGGUAAAUUCUUAGCCCUCGAGGACAUCUCCUGUCGCAUCAAAAACGGCUGCAAAGACCACCCCCCAUGGCCCAAGGGCAUCUGCUCCAAGUGCCAGCCGAACGCUAUCACCCUGAACCGACAGGUGUAUCGUCACGUGGACAACGUCGCUUUCGAGAACAAAGAUCUGGUGGAGCGGUUUUUGAACUAUUGGCGUUCGACGGGACAUCAGAGAAUCGGGUUUUUGUAUGGAAAUUACGAAAUUCACAACGAUGUGCCUUUAGGAAUAAGAGCUAACGUGGUGGCCAUCUACGAGCCGCCGCAAGAAAGCGGCCGUGACUCAAUUCGUCUUCUACGCGACGAUAAAGAAGAACUAGUUGAAGAUUUAGCUAGAAGUUUGGGGCUGAGACGCGUUGGGUGGAUUUUUACUGAUCUCAUACCGGAGGAUGUGCAAAAGGGGACGGUGAAGCACUUGAGGCACAUCAAUAGCCAUUUCUUGUCGUCUGAAGAAUGCAUAAUGGCGGGACAUUUCCAGAAUUUGCACCCUAAUCCGUGUAAAUACGCUUCAGGGGGGUACUUUGGCUCGAAGUUUGUCACUGUUUGUGUCACUGGCGAUAAAACAAACCAAGUUCACAUGGAAGGAUACCAAGUAUCCAACCAGUGCAUGGCGUUGGUGCGCGACAACUGCCUCCUCCCCACCAAGGACGCCCCCGAACUAGGUUACGUGAGGGAAUCAUCCGAUAAGCAGUUCGUUCCUGACGUAUACUACAAGGAAAAAGACACCUACGGCAACGAAGUUUCGCGCCUAGGCCGGCCCCUCCCCGUGGAGUACCUCCUACUGGACGUCCCAGCCUCGACCCCAGUCACCCCGACGUACACGUUCAAUUCGGAUCCAACGAAGCAGCCUUUCCCCGUGGAAAACCGCCUCCUCGACGGAGACAUCCAAGACUUCAACGCCCUCAACCAGUAUCUGUCGCAGUUCGGCCCCAGCGAGUUCUUCACGGCUAUCAACGAUUUCCACUUGCUGCUGUACAUCGCGACCAUGGACAUGCUGCCCAUGAAGGAGUACAUGGGGCCGCUGCUGCGGGCGCUCAAGAACAGGGACGCCAGCGCCGCCGAGGAGUGGUCGAGGUCCGAGCACUGGGCCACCAUCGAACAACUGAUCGCGGCCAGCUCGCCGCCGCCGUCGAGACCUGGCAGCGUGGCCUCCGGGAGUGUGAACGCCGGGGCCAGUUCUUCGAGCGGCGGCCAGGGGCGGUGGACGUGCUCGCACUGCACUUUCUUGAAUACUUCGGAUAUGAGUAACUGCGAGAUGUGCAGUCUUCCCAGGUCGGCGCCUCAUUGAGAUUAGUCACAACCUGCAUAAAUCUGGAGCACGGGACGUGGCGGCAGAAGUAAAAUAUCGUUUAAUGGUUAUAGUACACUUGUAAAUCUUUAGUUUUUUAAUUCUCAUUUACAUUUCCACAGUCACGAAUAGCAGUUUGGUGAGGCGGAGCAUGAUCCAAAUAUUUUUCUAAAUUGUGUAAAAUUAUAUUUCUACGGCGUCUAUUUAUUGGUCUAUCGUUAAAUACAUUGUAAAUAAAUUACCGGAACUUUUAUUUUCUUUUUCGUUCUGUUGUUAGUGUUUGAUUGUACGGUGAUAACGUUUUGAGACUCUUCGUACGUUACUUAAUAAAACAAGCUUAUCCAUGAAA